CAAUAUUACAAUCGUCUUCUGUUUGAUAUUUUCCAGAGUGAAGUUGUCGUCUGUGGUUUCUCCGGUCGGUGCUUUUUGGUGUUAAUUUUAAUGUAUUUUUCCGUGUUUAAUGUUUUGUGGACCGUCUUUGACCGACACUGUCGUUAAAUUUAAAGUUAACGGUGGAAAAUGUUCAACCCGGAGCGGCUGAGUGAGUGAACCGCUACAUGCUACGUGUACAGUAAAGAGGCUGCUAGCUGAGCGACACAGAAACAGAAACAGCCCGUUCAUAAGAAACACUUCAGCGUCUUUUAAAACAUCUGCUGCAAAGCUAAGGGGUCUGAGUUUAAUCCUGGAGGAUGAGUUAGCAGGGAGGACACUUUGGUCUCCGUCAACACUUACAAAUGAGACAUGAAGGACUGAAGAUUAACAGAUUUCUGAGCAACAAACGCGACAGCUUCUGGGUUUUCUGUUUGUUUGAGAAGUUUGUUGUUGAUUUUCUUUUUGAAAACGGACUGAAAUCAGGAAGCUGAGAGGCUGUGAAGAUGAUGUACUCAUCGAGAAGAAAACCUGUCCUCUACUUCAAAGAGGAGAGAAGGUUCCUGUCGGGUAGAUGUACGGUCUACAAGCUGUUCGGCCUCUGCAUGGUGCUGCUGCUCGUCUCUCUGCUCUGGCUGCAGCUCAGCUGUUCAGGUGACUUGUCGGCCCCCGUGCACGAGGACAAACGACCCCCCCAGCACAUGCAGCCUCCGCCCUGCCCCGCUGACAGUCAGGCAUCUGCGGCCGACGACCCCUCCUGGGGUCCUCACAAACUGGCGCUCAUCAUCCCCUUCAGAGAGCGCUUCGAGGAGCUGCUGGUGUUUGUUCCCUUCAUGCACACUUUCCUCAACAAGAAGAAGAUCCGCCACAAGAUCUUCAUCGUCAACCAGAUGGAUCACUACAGGUUUAACAGAGCGUCUCUGAUAAAUGUCGGUUACCUGGAGAGCGGUAAUGACACGGACUACCUGGCGAUGCACGAUGUUGACCUGUUGCCUUUGAAUGAAGCUUUAGACUACGGUUUUCCCGAGGACGGACCGUUCCACGUGGCCUCCCCUGAGCUGCACCCGCUUUACCACUACAAGACCUACGUGGGAGGAAUCCUGCUGCUCACCAAGAAACAUUACAAAAUGUGUAACGGGAUGUCCAACAGGUUCUGGGGUUGGGGCAGAGAGGACGACGAGUUCUACAGAAGACUGAGGAAAGCUGAGCUACAGCUGUUUAGGCCGAGUGGAAUCACGACCGGAUAUAAAACCUUCCUCCAUAUCCACGACUCGGCCUGGAGGAAGAGAGACCAGAAGAGAGUCUCAGCUCAGAAACAGGAGCAGUUUAAGGUGGAUCCAGAGGGGGUGAGUAACCUCCGUUACUCGGUGGAGUCCCGGCAGGAGCUGAGCAUCAGCGGCGCUCCCUGCACCGUCAUCAACACCAAACUGGAGUGUGACCAGGAUAAGACGCCGUGGUGUCUGCUGUCGUAGAGGGAAACCAAACGCGUCGUUACACCGCUCCGCCUAAAGGAUUUAAUGUUUAAACUCUGCUCCUCUCUGGAUGUUGCGGCAGCACUGACUGACCUGCAGCACGUGGCUGCCCUGACAGGAGGAAAUAAUGGUACAAACAGAACCUAACCCAGGAUUUAACACUGAAGAAUUCACUCCUUCACUGAGCAGAAACAGACAAAAACUGAAUGCUUCCUUACUUUGAUUUGAGGAACUUCUCAACAACACACCUGCAGUAGAACAGGACAGUGAGGAUCUUAAAGAGAAUUAAAACCUCCUGAUGAUCCUUGAUGUUAAGAACCAGAACUUUAAAUUGCGUCAACGUAAAGUCGGAGACCUGGCAGGCGGACCACUUUGUGUGUCAAACCUCAGAGAAGUGGACGCAUGGAGAGAAACUGUUGCACCUAAACUGGAUUUAAACAGACGGGCAUGGACAGACCGGAGCUGUUUUGGUUUCAGUACCUGCUGACAUGGUGUGGAUGCAAAUGUUUUUUUUUUUAACUCUGGGAUCGUGCAAACAGAGCAGAGGUGAGCUGGACGGCUACAAACGGAGCAUAACACCUGACAUCACCGACCGCCAAAACACGCAUCGCAACACUGAAACCGUAGAGUUCAUUUCAGCUUCUGUAUCAUGUAGUCGGAAAGAGUCAUUAAGUGUUUCAGCAGAAACCAUCACAAGCAUCAGAUAAUGUUUUUAAUUCCCUUCUGAAGAGAAAAUCCUCUUAUCUACAGGGUGUUUGCUUCAUAUAUAACCCUCUAACAGACACACUUUGAAUUCACCAAAGAAGAUACACACUCACAGAAGUUACUUUUUGGGUCUGUUUGCCUUUAUUGGAUAGAACAGCUGAAGAGAGACAGGUAAUGGUGGGAGGAGAGAGUAGGGGGGCGACAUGCAGCAAAGGGGUGAGGUUGGAUUCCAACUGCUAGCCUAUCGACGUUCCCUAAAAACCUUUUUUUUUAUAAUUGCGACUUCUGUGUCUCAUGAAUCCAACUCACUAGGGGUGUUCAAAACUAUAGAUACACUUGAUUAUUGCGUUGGUAUUUUUUCUGAUACCUCCUCCAUUCUCAGAAACACUGUAUUGAUUUUUUUUUAGUUCAUCGUAGUGUUGUCAAAAUAUUUUAAACCUUUGAUAAUAAAUCAGACGAUAUCUGUACCCGCUUCAAUACCUCAACAACUAAAAUAGAAGUUCUGCACACCCAAGGUUGGGCCAUUUACCAUCAUUUGUAGUCAGACUGCUGCAUACAGGCUGAGUUACACUCGUGUUGCUAACCAGUGGAUAAUAUAGAAAACGUUCUCUCGCUUUCUGUCGCAGCAGCUUUUGAAGGUCUGUCACUUUUUAAAGCUUUGGUACUGUACCACACUUCAUCAUUUCAAUGAGAGUGUAUUGUUUAAAAACACGCGCUAACAAAAAGGUAUGAAAGUAUUUAAAAUGUUGACAGCCUUAGCUCCUAGUUUAAAUUCUAUUUAUCUUUUUUUUUUUAUCAUUUUGUUGCAGUGAUUUCUUUUUUAAAAACAUCACAACAAAUGUUUUCGAUCUGGAAUUCUUGAUUAUAAGAAACAAAACCCUCUAGGUUUAUUUUCUGUGGUGAAUUUAAAGCAUUCCUUUUACCCUUUAAAGUAAACUGAGCCAAACCAGGCUGAACUGUACCAAGACUAAGAUACCCCGUUGUCUUUUAGCUGCAUAAAUUCAGCCUGUAUUUGAAGCCUGACACAGAAUGCUGCUGAAGAGAAACAAUGCAGGAACAGAACAGAUUUGUUUCACUGCGAUCGAUUCAGUUCAUUUUUUUUUUUUUUUUUAUCUACCUUUUAGUUUAAGAAGGAACCAAAGAAUCCUGCAGAACAUCCACGAGAGUUCAGCGAUAUUGGAAUCAUGCUUUACCUCUUCAUGGUUUAGUGAAUGCCUUUAAGAAAACUGUGAAUAAUGAUCAUGUUUUUAUGUGCCAAAAACAAAAACCCUGCGGAUGGAGGAUUUAGUGUCGGUUCUGGAGCUUUUGGAUGUAAGAUGUGAUUUUCCUCUGCAUAAGAGUUUAAACUCUUUAAAGACGAGAACUCAUGGAAGACAAUAAUUCUUAGCAUUUGAAGGAAUGUGGACAAACCAAAUCUACUGAGGACGAUGAUAACAUAUGAUCAGAAGUUGCUGCACAGAAGUGAACCAUUUGGAAGAUAUCUUUAAUAAUUUUCUAAUUUAUCAAGUCUUCAAAAACAACUUUGGCUAUGCAGAAUCUCCAAACAGUUCCAAAACCUAAAGGUGUUCCCUUCUCUUAUUUUAGAAGAUUUUACUGCUUGUUAAAACAAUUGCAGAUCAUUUUCUGUCAGUUUACCAAUCCGGUUUUAUCGUUAUUAGUCAGCAUCAGAUUUCUUUGGUUCGUUCUCAGUCUGGGUUUUAAUCUGGAGCACCCUUCAACAAGACGUAACAACAUGGAACAUAAACAUCCUUCCACAUGUCACUUCUGUCUGCGAGGACUUCUUGUUGUUCAUUUGAAGUGAAGUUAACAGAUCACAGUCAUCCAAAUGGAUCCAGCUCUAACGGUUUCCUUUAAUAAUAAUGAGAGCGAUGAUUUCAUGACCUCAGACCCAGAGAGGAACCUGGUGGGGGAAGUAUUUAUUUUACUGAAAUAUUUGUGUAAUGUAUUUUUAUUUUAUUUUACUCCAGUGUGUUGUACUCAUUUCAUAAAAAGAACGAGUUGUGACUGAAUGUCGGACCAUCAUUAAGAGGGAUUUAAGAGAUAAAACCAAAAACAGCAGGGUUUGAAUGCCUUAUAGUUUCAUGUGGAAAGUCAGAAAAUGAACCUUUAAAAUGAAAUCCAAGGUUUAGAAAUGUGUCUCUGAAAGUUUGAUUGAAAGUGAAGUGUUAUUUAAAGUCAUUUCUUCCUCUUCAGGAAAAUGCAUGUGGUGUGACACAAAGUUUGAAGUCAGCACAAGGAGAGCAAAACAUUUUUACCUCGCUGGGUUAAAAAAAAAACCUCUUCUUAAAUUUGAGCUUGAAAAAAAAACCUCUUCUUAAAUUUGAGCUUGAAAUGCAUCAUUUAAUUGAGAAUCCACGGCUGCAGACAGAGUGCGGGGCUUCUCCUUCCCUUGUUUUAGUCUUACAGUUUAGGACUUAUGGACACAUGAGGUUAAAAAGCAUCCAUCCAUUCACCUGAGAAAUAUGUUUUUCUGUUUAUUGAGAAGCAAAAAAGGAUCUCACCCUUUUUCAUCAAACUGUGCAAAAUGUUACAUGUCUGACCAUAGACUGUGUAUUAUUAUUUACAGCCUCACAUAUGGUACACAACCAAUCCUUAGGGAGAAACUGGAACAAGCUUUAUGAAAUGUUACUGUAUUAUGACUUGAAGAUGCAAACUGUGUCUCAUUAGAAGCUCCAACAGAUGGUGAGAGUCACUGAUUGAUCUAGAUUUGUACCAGCUAAUCCUUCUCUGUUAGUCUGAACUUUUUAGUUUCAUAUUUAGACGGCUACUCUUAACUGUCUUCUUCUCUGCUGCUGUUACGUGUUGUUGAUUUGCCUCCAGGGGGCGCUCUGGAUUGUUAUUGCUCCCUUAAGUGUUGGGUUUUAGACGGUCUGUGCAUUUACAGGAUGUCGUCCUGAUUUUAUUUCCCAGAGAAAACGGUACCAUUGUUUGUACAAUAUUCAGUAUUUAUAAAAAUCUGAUUCUACAGAAA